AUGGCGCCCUCAGCGAUCUACGAACCUCUUCCUGCGACGAAGGGACCAAAAGAUGACCUCCCGCCACCGACAACGUACCCUGUCAAGGAUGUGAAGUUCGAGAAGAUCAUACCACCACAGCCCGACGGCCGUGAGAAGGCACUCCAACAACCAGAUGGCACCGCUGCAAUUGUAAUAGAUAAUGGGUCCUCCUCAGUCCGCGCAGGAUGGAACUUCGAAGACAGACCGCGGUUUGCCAUACCGCCCAUAAUGGCCAAAUAUCGCGACCGGAAGUUGGGAAAGACAUUCUCGUUCGCCGGCCUGGACUGCUAUUCCGACACAACCGCAAGAGGUCAUAUACGAAAUGCGUUUGAGCAAGGCACAGGAGUAGUCAGCAACUGGGAUGUCAUGGAACAUGUGCUUGACUACUUGUUCCUCAAGUUGGGAAUGAAUGGUGUCGAGGGCAACAUCGACAUGCCUAUCGUCAUGACCGAGGCGGUUGCGAACCUGCCGUAUUCGAGGAAAUCAAUGACCGAGAUCAUCUUCGAAUGCUAUGGCGCCCCAAGCCUGACUUACGGAAUCGACUCCCUGUUUUCGUACCGACACAAUGGGGGCACAACCGGCCUUGUCGUGUCAUCCUCAUACAGUUCCACACAUUUGAUACCCGUUUACAGCCAAAAGCCGAUGCUUGCUCAGGCUAUCCGCCUAAAUUGGGGCGGGUACCACGCUGCCGAUUAUCUGAUGAAACUGCUUCGCCUCAAGUACGAUCACUUCCCCGGGAAGAUGAACCUUUCCCAAGCUGAGUUCAUGGUGCGGGACCAUUGCUACCUCUCAAAGGAUUACGAUAGCGAGUUGGCAACAUACCUUGACUGGACUGGCCUCGAAGACCGUGAGCGAAUCAUACAAUACCCAUACACGGAGGAAGUUAUCAUUCAAAAGUCAGAAGAAGAGCUAGCAAAGAUUGCAGAGCGCAAGAAGGAGAGUGGCCGUCGACUGCAGGCACAAGCUGCUAAAAUGCGCCUUGAGCGGUUGAUGAAGAAAGAGCAGGACCUGGAGUACUAUAAGGAUGUUCAACGACGACUUGUCGACCAGAACAAGAAAGAGACGAAGCGAAUUCUGGACGAUGCCGAGGUGAAGGAUGAGAACCAGCUUGCAAAGAUAGUCAAGGAGCUUGAGGGCUCUAUCAAGAGAGCCCGGCAAAAGGAUCUUGGCGGCGAAGUCGAAGAAGAACAGGCCGAAGAGCCCUCAUACCACCUGCUCGACAUUCCUGAUGAUCAACUAGACGAACAAGGCCUUAAGGAAAAGCGUCACCAGCGGCUUCUCAAAUCAAACCAUGAGGCUAGGGCUCGAGCCAAGGCUGAAAAAGAGGCUGAAAAGGCUCGCGUUGCAGAGGUAGCUCGCUUGGACGAGGAGAAGCGGACGAAUGAUCUGGAGGCGUGGUUGGAUGAGCGACGACAAGCACGCCUCGAGACACUCACAAAGAUUAAGGAUCGUGACCGGCUCAAGCAGGACCUAGGCAACCGCAAGUCCCUCGCAAGCCAAAUGCGCAUGAAGACGCUGGCCAACCUCGCGUCGGACAAUCCAUCGGCUACCACAGGCCGCAAACGCCGACGUGGUGGAGACGACGAUGACUUUGGCGCCGACGAUGCUGACUGGGGCGUCUAUCGCAAUGUUGCGGUGGGCGCUAACAAGGGCGAUAGCGAUGACGAGGAUGAAGAGGAGAACCUAGAUGCCAACAUCAAGACCCUCGAAGAAGACCUCCUCAAAUACGACCCGGACUUCACGUACGAGCACACCCUCGAAGCGCAGAAUAACUGGACGAAGUCUAUGCUCCACGCAUGGCGCUAUGGGCCGCGACCGGACGAGGGAACCCAGGCGGAGCGAAACCAACUACACCUGAAUGUGGAGCGCAUCCGUGUGCCGGAGGUGGUCUUCCAGCCGGGUGCCAUCGCGGGAGUUGACCAGGCCGGCAUCGUCGAGAUUGCUGGAGACAUUCUGACGCAGCGGCUGACAGCCAUUCCCGGUAUAGAUAGGAACGACUUCCUCAAGGACAUCUUCCUCACGGGUGGUGCCACGCUCUUCGAGAACUUCGACGAGAGGCUGAGAAGUGGUCUGCAGGCUCUGCUGCCUUCUGAAUCAACCAUAAAAGUCAGGAGGGCCAAGGAUGCCGUGCUGGACGCAUGGAAGGGCGCGGCGGGCUGGGCUGGGAGUGACGAGUGGAAGAGGGCGAGGGUCACGAGGGAGGAGUACCUCGAGAAGGGACCAGAGUGGUUCAAGGACCACGACCUUGGCAACGCGUUCUCUUAG